AUGGCGGACGACGGCCUGCUCCUGAACUUCUCCCUCGGUGAUACCAACAUCAUCCAACCAGAAACGAAGCUCAAGGGCGGAACAUGGCGGGACCGGCUCAGCGCAAAAAAAAUCGCCAAGCACCAUGCCAAAGGCCCCAGGCAAGCCGGCGACGAAGACAGUGCACCCCGAGCACCGCGAAACCCCAAUAGAAUCGAAGUCCCGUCGUCGCGGCCGACCAAGAGACAGAGGACAGAUGGAGGCGAUAGCGGAAAGCAACAGUCGCACGCACAUCCGCGUUCCAACCAACCCCGCCAAUUCAUUUCAUCGUUGUUCACGAAAAAUCCGGAACCGCAGAAAGUCGAAGAAGUGAAGGAAGAAGGGCCCACCGAGGACGCCAAACCAACGAACGCGCCGCUCAUCGAUGGACUAGACACAUUUACGAAUCUGGGCCUGUCGCCGAAUCUGGCCGCACAUCUUCUUACGAAACUGGAGCUGAAAGCUCCAACCGCUAUUCAGAAAGCGUCUAUCUCACAGCUUCUGAAGGAAGAGGGCGAUGCUUUUAUCCAAGCGGAGACUGGAUCUGGAAAGACGCUGGCGUAUCUUCUUCCCUUGGUGCAGAGGAUCAUGGCUCUCUCGAAGCCCGGCGCGCAGACGGACGCAAAGGGCCAGCCUAUCGUACACCGCGACAGCGGCUUAUUUGCCAUCGUUUUGGCCCCUACUCGUGAGCUGUGCAAGCAGAUCUCUGUUGUGCUGGAGAAUUUGCUGCGCUGUGCGCAUUGGAUUGUGGCGGGUACUGUCAUUGGUGGUGAGAAGAAGAAGUCUGAGAAGGCCAGACUACGGAAAGGGCUGAAUAUCCUUGUGGCUACGCCUGGUCGACUGGCGGAUCAUCUGGAUAAUACGCAAGCGCUGGAUGUAAGCAAUGUGCGGUGGUUAGUACUUGACGAAGGUGACCGAUUGAUGGAGCUGGGCUUUGAGGAGGAGAUUCAGGGGAUAGUGAAGAAACUCGAUGCGCGACAGCGUCCCAGUCGCAUACCCGGCGUUCCUACACGGAGAACUACAAUUCUUUGUUCUGCUACGCUGAAAAUGAGCGUACAGAAGCUUGGUGAAAUCAGUUUGAAAGACGCAGUCCACAUCAAAGCGGACCCAGAGGACGAGGAUGAGAAAACCAGGAGGAGCAAAGAGGAAGAAUCCGCCUAUCGGGUGCCAGCCCAGCUCAAACAAUCAUACGCCGUAGUUGCGGCAAAGCUGCGCCUGGUCACGCUCACUGCUUUCUUCAAACGCACAUUUAUGAGGAAGGGAUCAGUCAUGAAGGCUAUCGUUUUUGUCUCCUGUGCUGACUCAGUCGACUUCCACUUUGAAGUAUUUACACGGAAACAAGCGAAGGAGGAUGGCGAUGAGCCUAGUGAUACAGAGAAAACAGAAGAUAAUCCUCCAUUAUCCCCCCAUGGUACCAUAGCACCCGCCACUGCUUUUUCGAAUCCGUCAAAUCCGGUGACAUUGUUCCGGCUCCACGGCUCCCUACCUCAAAACAUCCGAACUUCUACUCUUGGAGCGUUUGCGAAGAACAAGGAAGCAUCUGUCCUGAUCUGUACUGACGUGGCCUCUCGUGGUUUGGAUCUGCCAAAUGUCGAUCUGGUUGUGGAGUACGAUCCAGCAUUCAGCGCAGAAGACCACUUGCACCGAAUUGGACGUACAGCUCGUGUAGGCCGCGACGGUCGGGCAUUGAUCUUCCUUCAGCCUGGAUGCGAGGAGAAUUAUGUCGAAGUUCUCAAAAGGGGUUAUCGCGACGGCGGAAAGGCGCUUACUCGCACAGAUGCCAACGAUAUUCUCAAGCGCGGAUUUGGCGGCAAUGUAGAAAGCGAAAACAAAGACUGGGAGACGAAAGCGACGGAUUGGCAGUGCGAGGUGGAACGGUGGGCGCUGGAGAACCCAAAAUACCUCGAGAUGGCUCGGAGAGCCUUCCAAUCGCACAUCCGUGCGUACGCCACACACAUCGCAGCUGAACGGAGCAUGUUCAACAUCAAAGAGCUCCACCUGGGACAUCUCGCCAAGGCAUUUGCGUUGCGUGACCGUCCGAGCAAAAUCAAUGUACCCGGUUUACGGCAAGGAAAAGAGGAGACGAAGAAGGACUUCAAGGCCGAGAGAAACUCGGCCGCAGGAAAGAAGAGGAAGGCUGGUGGUGCAGACCUUGCUGACGAUAUACCGUCUGCCAACAAUACGGCAACGGCAGCCCAGAAGAUGAGGGCUAAGAUGAAAGAACACAUGGCUGGUGCAAACGAGUUCAACCUUGCCUAG